CGACGCUACCGACGACGUCUGGUUUCUUGCGCUACAGACAUUGAGGAUUCGCAUCCGACACGAGAUAUUCCGUCACCUGCCUUGGUUAUUACCCAAUGGAGGACGAAGGUAGACCCCGCAAACUGCCCAAGUUGGAUCACGCCGAGUCGCAGGACUCCGAACCAAGAAUGACGGGCGCGCUGGUGAGCGAGCAGCCGGACACGACCGCCCCGGAGACCACGGCGACGGCGACGGCGACGGCGACGACAGAGAACGGGGAGUACGAGAUUGUCGGCGCCAAUGCGGCGGAGGAGUCCAACGCGGGCGACGAGCCCAAGAUCUCGAAACGACAGAUGAAGAAGCUGCGGCGACGAGAGCAGCGCAGGGCAGCGCUGGAGCAGGCGAAGGAAGACGGGACGCUGGCGGAGCUGAAGAAGUCGUACGAGCGCACGCCAGAGCGGUUCCGCAAGUCAAAGCUGCUGCCCAUGACUCUGGUCAUUGAUUGCGGGUACGAUGAGUUGAUGCUUGACAAGGAACGCAUCUCGCUGGGUUCGCAGAUCACCCGGUCCUACUCCGACAACAGCCGGUCGCCCUUCCGGUCUCAUCUGGUGGUGUCGUCGUUCAAUAAGCUGCUCAAGCACCGGUUUGAUACGGUGUUGGCGGGGAUGCAUCAAAAUUGGAAGGGCGUGCGCGUGCUGGAGGAUGAUUUUGCCUGCGUCGCGGAGAAGGCGAAGGAGUGGAUGGUCGUUCCGGCGGGGGGCACCUUCGAUGGAGUGUUUGCGAACAUGGCCGACGCGAAGCCCGAGGAUGGAGAGGUGGUCUAUCUGAGCAGUGACAGUCCCAAUACACUGACCGAGCUGAAGCCGUUCAGUACCUAUAUCGUGGGGGGUCUGGUGGAUAAGAACCGGCACAAAGCGAUCUGCUACAAGGCUGCGGUGGAGAAGGGGAUCAAGACCGCGAAGCUCCCUAUUGGUGACUACAUCCAGAUGGCGUCGAGACAGGUCCUGGCUACGAACCACGUGGUGGAGAUCAUGCUGCGGUGGUUGGAGCUGGGUGAUUGGGGCAAGGCCUUCCUGUCGGUUAUUCCCCAGCGAAAGGGGGGCACGUUGAAGGAGACGACGCCUGGGGAUAGCUCCCGGGCUGAGAGUGCGGAGAUUAAUGAGACGGAGGAUGUCGUGGAAGAUGAUGCUGAGGUGGAUGACGUUGAGAAGGAAGAAGCUGAGGCUGUCAAGCAGGCUGAGCAGGUCACGGAUCAGGCCAUGGAAGAGGCACCGGUGGAUGCCAGUGAAGCCAACUGAAGAUAUUCGAUCACAUCGUUGUACAUAUGCACCCUACAGCUGGGGUUUUGGCUACGAUAACUCACCCCCUGCUUGGGGUGCCUUUGCUUUCUCAUAGAAGAUUGCCUGCGGCGUUGCUGCAUCGGUGUUUCAUACCGACAAGUGUCUUGUAUAGCAUGUCUUAAGCCUUUCCUUCCAUUGGUUGGAUACGCGACUGUUGUUCGUCCCAUCCUGAAGUGAACUAAAUCGACACCAGAUUGUUUGAGCUAU